CAGUAAUCAAACAGGUGUGUACAGCUCCGCAAAGCCCCUUUUGUUCGGCACAACUCUAUUAUUCCAAUGCCAAGUAGAAGAAUUGCCCGUACCCAGGCCAAAAAGGCUGCGCUUUUGCAGGCACAGCAGGAAGAAGCCGCGUUAUAUGGCCCCCCAGCGCCCCAAGCUGAAGAGGAAGAGGAGGACCUUGCCGACGAAUUCGCCAGAAAGGUUGUCAUAAAGGAUAUUGUCGCCAUUCCUCCUCACACACAGUACCAGCUUGCGACGGAUCAGAUUCUCCAUCUCUUCCACCGUCUUUUCCAGUCCUCCUUCACAGAUACCACUGAGUUGCAGUCCACCAUCCAGGCGGUUAAGACCGACUUGUACAACCGUGACUAUUUGGAUGCUUUUGACGACGAUGCCAAGAGAUUAGCGUACUUGAUUAGAUGGUCCUCUCUGAGAGCCCUUUCCUAUGCCUCCUUGAUGAGUUCCUUGACGCCUAUCGUGGAGAUGAUCAGUGAGUACAUCAUCGAGGAGGAUGAGGAUGAAGACUGCCAGUGUUUGCUCAUUGGGGGUGGUGCCAGUGCCGAAAUCGUCGGGUUGGCUGCCAUCUACGGCCGCAUGAAGGAAUUCUGCUCCACCAAAGACAAGCCGCUCCAGAUCAACGUCAUGGACGUUUCUGACUGGGGCUCCAUCGUCACACAGGUCACCAAUGAGAUCAACACUUUGGGCUGGAUUCGUCAGGUGCCAGACACUAGGCCACAACAAUUCAUCACCAACUACUUGAAGAAUGACGUCUUGACGUACUUUAAUGGGGUUCCAGAAAAAGACGACACCGCUAUCUCGUUGGCCAACCAGAAGUUGAUCACCUUGUUGUUCACCACUAACGAGUUGUUCCAAGAAGACAAGUCCAAGUCCAUCCAGUUCUUCCAGAGAAUGAACCAGGAGUGUUCUCCGGGAACCUUGCUUCUCAUCGCCGAGUCUGCUGGUUCCUAUUCCAAUAUUCAAAUUGGUACCAAGCAGUUCCCGGUAUUUUUCAUGAUUGACAUGUUGUUGAGCAACAAAAAGUCCGAGCUCAAGAAGGCCGGCAGUGGCAAGAAGUCCAAAACUCCGGAAGCCUAUGAUGGUGCCUGGGAGUUAGUCGAGAGCAGUGACAGUUGUUGGUACAGAGUUGAUAAGGAGUCUCAGGACUUUUACUCCUCGAGAUUGGAGAACAUCAAGUUGGAAAACAUGCGUUUCUUCUUCAGGUUGUACAGAAAGCUCUAGGGGCUGAAGGAUAAAUAGAUUAAUGGUGGAGGCUACUUUCAUUUUCGUUUUUAUAUGCUUUUUUUUGGUCUAGGUUUUAAUAUCAGUUUGUCAUGG